CACCGCCCGGCCGGGAGUGCGCUGGCGGCGGCGGCGGCGGCGGGGAGCGCGGGGCGCGGGGCGCGGGACGCACAGCCCGGCGCGGGGACGUGGCAGCCGCCUCUCUCCCGCCAGAAAGUUUCUCAGGAGUUGGCUGCGCGCGGCGCGGGGCCGCCCGGGGAACCAUGAACGUGUUCCGGAUCCUCGGCGACCUGAGCCACCUCCUGGCCAUGAUCUUGCUCCUGGGGAAGAUCUGGAGGUCCAAGUGCUGCUCCGGCAUCUCUGGGAAGAGCCAGAUCCUUUUCGCUCUCGUCUUCACCACCAGGUACCUGGACCUGUUCACCAACUUCAUCUCUGUCUACAACACAGUCAUGAAGGUGGUUUUUCUCCUCUGUGCCUACGUCACAGUGUACAUGAUCUAUGGGAAAUUUCGGAAAACAUUUGACAGUGAGAAUGACACGUUCCGCCUGGAAUUUCUUCUGGUCCCGGUCAUUGGUCUCUCCUUCCUUGAGAACUACAGUUUCACUCCCUUGGAGAUCCUCUGGACUUUCUCCAUCUACUUGGAGUCGGUGGCCAUCCUGCCCCAGCUCUUCAUGAUCAGUAAGACCGGAGAGGCUGAGACCAUUACUACUCACUACUUGUUCUUUCUCGGGCUGUACCGGGCACUCUACCUGGCUAACUGGAUCAGGCGGUACCAGACUGAGAACUUCUAUGACCAAAUUGCGGUGGUGUCUGGAGUAGUACAAACCAUCUUCUACUGUGACUUCUUCUACUUGUACGUGACCAAAGUCCUUAAAGGAAAGAAGUUGAGUCUUCCAAUGCCAAUUUGAGGGUCCCAGAGAUGGUUCUACCCUUGUAACAAAGACACAGAACAAACCAUUUGAAAUAUUCUCCUGGAUGACUUCUACAGGACUCGGGCCAAAUGUUAGUCAAAAAUGCUUAGUGAGGAUAUUUCAGCAGAGCACUGAUUGUUCUACCUAGAAGACGUUCUCACCAAUCUCUCCCUUAAAUUAUAGCAGCAAUAAAAAAAAAACCCAGGUCAAUUAGAGGAGCAUGGUGCCUCAUCUCAACUGGACAUCAAAAAAAUCUUAGGUGCUUAACCCCACACAUGGGGCAAAUAAGCAACUGCUCUCCAUGGCCCUAGUGUGAGCCUCCCACUAAGGAAGAGUCAGUACCGCCUGGAAAGUGGUCUCGGUGUAGAAGACAAAUGCCCCCGAGAGCUCAGACCUCAAGCAAAGCACGCUGCUGUGGUGCUUUUCACUUGCCAGGUAGGAGGCCAAGUGUAGGCAGUGAUCCAAAGCUGAUAGUCUUACAGGGACGAAGUGUUGUGACUUCAUUUCCAACCCGCCUUCAGAGGCCACAGACCAAAGCCAAGUGUAUCGGCUUCGGCCAGCUGUCAGCAGCCACACGCCUCACCUCUAAACUGGACUUGAGUCUUGCUUUGGUGACAGCAGCUCCACACAGAGCACUUAGAUCCAGGUAACAACUCACAUCUUUCCAGUAAGACCGCUCGAUCCCACCUCCCUUGCACGUUUUUAGGUGCUAAGGUUAUUACUCAAUCUGACAUUCCCCAAACUUGGUCUUGAAGCAAAUAAAAACUGUUAAGGAAACCACCACCGGACUGUGGUCAGAGAAUUUUUAAGCAAUAAAAAGCUCACACCUUA